CAACUCCAUGCCUUCAUUUCACACCAUCCAUACAUCAACUACGAGGCUUGGGGGAAGCGUCUCCAGCUCUUUUGAGCCGUGAGGUUCACUCAACAAGGAGCAUGCGAUACCUUCUCGAGAUCGUUGCUGCAUUAGCCGCUCAUUUGGCGGGAAAGGACUCCGUUUUGACAUCCGUACAGAUCUACCCGAAUGGCACCUACCCGGGAGCCAUAGACCCUUUCGCUGAACCUGGAGCACAGUCUUUACAGACUUCUCCUCCUUUCUAUCCUUCACCCUGGAUGAACGGUCAAGGCGAAUGGGCCGGUGCUUAUGCUAAGGCCAAAGACUUCGUCUCACAGCUGACGCUUCUCGAGAAGGUCAAUUUGACGACCGGAGUUGGCUGGGAAGGAGAGCAAUGUGUAGGACAGGUUGGCUCGGUCCCAAGACUUGGAUUCAGGUCACUCUGUAUGCAAGAUAGCCCGGUGGGCGUCCGAGAUACAGAUUACAACAGCGUCUUCUCUUCUGGUCAGACUGUAGCAGCCACUUUUGAUAGAAGCCUGUUCUAUCAAAGAGGGUAUGCUAUGGGAGCUGAACAUAAAGCCAAAGGAGUAACUGUUCAACUCGGACCUGUUGCUGGUCCGCUUGGCCGAGCUCCUGAAGGAGGCCGGAACUGGGAAGGUUUCUCACCUGAUCCCUAUCUAACUGGUGUUGCUAUCGCCGAAACUGUCAAAGGCACUCAAGAUGCAGGAAUUAUUGCUUGCGUGAAACACUUUAUCGGGAACGAACAGGAACACUUUCGCCAAGUAGGUGAAGCUCAAGGAUAUGGGUACAAUAUCACCGAGGCUGUCUCUUCCAACAUUGACGAUGUGACAAUGCACGAACUUUACCUUUGGCCAUUUGCGGAUGCAGUUCGGGCUGGUGUAGGAUCGGUUAUGUGCUCUUACAACCAGAUCAAUAACUCCUAUGGUUGCCAGAACUCCAAGAUGCUCAAUAACUUGCUGAAGAAUGAGCUCGGCUUUCAAGGCUUCGUAAUGAGUGAUUGGCAGGCUCAGCAUACUGGAGCAGCCUCCGCUGUAGCUGGUCUUGACAUGACUAUGCCUGGAGACACCCUCUUCAACAGUGGCGAAAGUUUCUGGGGCGCAAAUCUGACUCUGGCUGUUCUCAAUGGGACGGUUCCAGAAUGGCGAAUUGACGACAUGGCUCUUCGAAUCAUGGCGGCUUACUUCAAAGUCGGAUUGACUCUCCAUGAGCCACCAAUCAACUUUGAUUCCUGGACUCUGGAUACCAAUGGACCUCUUCACUAUGCAGUGGGGGCAAAUACCCAGCAAAUCAACUUCCAUGUCGAUGUUCAAGGUGACCAUGGUACUUUGAUUAGGGAGAUUGGUGCCAGGGCCACAGUUCUUUUGAAAAAUGUCAAUAGCGCACUUCCUCUUUCGAAGCCCAAAUUUGUUGCAGUCAUCGGAGAGGAUGCGGGUCCAAACUUGGACGGCCCAAAUGGCUGCGCAGACCGCGGUUGCGAUCAAGGUUCCCUCGGCAUGGCUUGGGGUUCGGGGUCUGCCAAUUUUCCAUACCUCGUUACGCCUGACUUUUCCCUAAAAGAACAAGCUCUUGCGGACGGUACUAGGUAUGAAAAUAUCUUCGACAACUAUGCCUACUCGCAGAUUAGCGCAUUGGUAUCGCAGGCUGAUGUAACCGCCAUUGUAUUUGUCAACGCGGACUCAGGGGAAGGUUUCAUCAAUGUAGACGGCAACGAAGGCGAUAGAAAAAAUCUCACCUUAUGGCAAGGAGGUGACGAGCUGAUCCAGCGAGUUUCGGCGCUUUGCAACGAUACCAUAGUGGUUAUUCAUUCAGUUGGCCCGGUUAUUGUCACUGAAUGGUACGAUAGUCCGAAUAUCACAGCAAUCUUAUGGGCUGGUGUUCCGGGCCAGGAGAGCGGAAACAGUAUCACGGACGUGCUCUACGGGACGGUCAACCCGGCUGCACGUACACCAUUCACAUGGGGGCCAACAAGGCAAAGCUAUGGCACUGACGUUAUCUACACUCCUAAUAAUGGCGACGGUGCACCACAAGACAACUUUAUCGAAGGCCCUUUCAUUGACUACCGUGCGUUCGAGGCACAGAACAUUACCCCUAUCUAUGAGUUCGGAUUUGGUUUAUCCUACACAACGUUCGAAUACUCGAAUCUCCAGGUCACCAAGUUCAACACCAGUGAUUAUAACCCGACAACGGGGAUGACCAAAGCUGCCCAGGUCUUUGGUAACUUCUCCACCAACCUGAGCGAUUAUCUCUUUCCCAACGCCAGCUUCCCUUACAUCCGACAAUACAUAUAUCCAUACCUCAAUACCACUGAUGAGAAGAAAGCAUCCGGAGAUCCAAACUACGGACAAACUGCUGCCGAAUUCUUGCCACCUCAUGCCAAUGAUGGCUCUCCUCAGCCCCUUCUCGGUGCUGGUGGUGCUCCGGGCGGAAAUCCCCAGCUAUGGGACGUGCUCUACAGCGUCACAGCCACGAUCACGAACAAUGGCACACGAAAUGGCGAAGAGGUUCCUCAACUCUACGUUUCCCUUGGUGGGCCUAAUAAUCCUCGGCUGGUGCUUCGUGGAUUUGACCGCUUGAGCAUUAAUGCUGGACAAUCUGCUACAUUCCACGCAGAUAUUUUACGAAGAGACUUGAGCAAUUGGGAUACGGUUUCGCAAAACUGGGUCAUUACAUCAUUCCCAAAGACUGUUUACGUUGGUCCCAGCUCGAGGAAUCUGCCCUUAAGCCAAGCCUUGUGAGGACGAUUUUUAUAAACGACGACGAAGGCUUUGGGUGGGAAACUUAGACGGCUCAGGGUUACAGUUAGCUUACACUGAGUAGGGCUUAGACUACCCUUCACGAAUCGCGAAAUCGGGUAGGGGGCUGGAUAGAGGAAUCGUUAGAUAAUGAUAGAUGGGGUGUACAGUAUAUAAACCGAGAAUGAUAAACUAAUUAAUUCUAAAAGUUACACAAUCCGCU